AGGCGAAUGACGUGAUGGCGUCGUAUUGUGCGGCCCGCCUUGGACCUCCUCCUUCGUUCCCUUCUACAAGCUGUAUGCAAGACAGCGAUUGCGGAAGCAGCUCCGGCCUAGGAGGGAUGAAGACACAGGAACUUGUAUCCGAUGAGGGUGGUAGUUCAUCGUCCGAGCAGCCUGGAUUCUUUCCCCGCCCCAAUGCCCUACCCUGUGUACCGCCAAUAAACGGUGUCACUGGUAUGACCGUACCCACAUGGGUACAUCCGACACCUCCCGGUGCCUCCAAUGAUCUGUUCGUCCAUAUACAGAUGGGAGAGACAUUGAAUAUUCUUGUUGGUAACGAUGUCCAAAACAUCACUGGACCUGCCACUGUUCGAAUGGUCGGUGAAUGUGGUAUGUCGCCUUCAGCACUUCCCAUUCAUGUACCUCCCGGGCACGUUAUCCAUCAGAUUAUCGAUGAGCAAGGAAUCCUGCGGCAUCUGAUCCUCUCGCCCGAGACACCAUCACCGCCUCGUUUCCCGCCGCCAAAUGCCGCGAACUCGGGUUUUAUGUCAUCGCGAAUCGCCUCAUCUCCCCCGUUGGUCGCUCCACCAUUCCAUCCAGCGCUUUACACCGUCAACCGCAAAUGGUCCCACAGUGGCAAGCUGACAAUGCCUGACCUAGUUCCAUCCGCUUCAUCGCGUAACGAUGAACAGGAAACCGAUAUUGAUGGCGAGGAAUGGGACAAAGUUCGUGAGAUGCUCGGGCGAAUUCUAGCGCCACAGGUCGUGCGGGUUGGCCCUACGGAAGCUGAUAUUGCUUGGCAACAACUGGACACUUCUGAAGCUGCGGCACCUGGAGGACCUUUUCCGCAGAUCGAUGCUUCUGAAUUUACAUAUCAAAUUGUGUUGUUUGAGAAUCAUGGCCGAUUUGUAAGCACCUAUCGAUGUGAAACCGAGACUGGCAAUAAGUUGCGACUGUGCCAAUUACGUCCAAACACGGAUUACUAUGUACAGUUGAAGGCAUGUCUUGAAGAACGUGGGUUGAUUGGGGAACCGAGCCAGCCUGUCUGCUUCAAAACCGCUCCGGGGCGACCAGAGGCUCCUCUCAUGUUCAGGUGCGUUGCUCGGGGCAUUGACCAUUUCGUUGUCGCUUGGCGACCGCCAAAUGACAAUGGGGCCAGCAUCAUCAACUAUACAGUUUACAUCAUCAAGCCCUUGGACGAAAUCGGCGAGAAGGUUUGGGAGGGAAGGUCAUGUGAAGCUAGAAUAACAAGCCUUCGACCAGCCACUACAUACAGGCUACGUGUGACUGCCACGAAUAGGAUCGGUGAAAGUUCCGAGGCAGCACCUAUCGUGGUGACAACUCGAAGCGACUGUCCCCCUCCUGCUCCACCACCGCCGAAUGUUGUUUCUGUAAAUGCACGAUGCGUUAAGCUGGCUUGGAGUCACAAUCCCGAGUGUACUUACACGGUUGAAAUGCAUGAUGUUGCUGGUGGACCGAAUGCAAUCACUAUAGUAAAAGAUCGUGUUGCUGGCGCAAACGCACAGAUCGUAGAUCUGAAGGCCGGUUCCGAGUAUCGCUUCCGUGUUAUUGCCCACAAUGCUGAGGGUGAUUCACCACGUUCUGACUGGACUUAUGUUAGAAUGACCGGACGGGGUACGCCAGACAGAGUGUUAGAGCCUACGAAGCCUCUUGCCGUCGCUCGGGGACGUAAUAAGUUCGACGUCUCAUGGAAGUGCCCCGGUGCAAAGGAGCGAGAGUUUACGUACGUUUUGGAAGGAUCGACCGCAAAUCAACCGACUCGCUUCCGGGUACUGUAUCGUGGUCCCCUCAGUACUCACACUGUCACCGAUGAAGACAUCCUGCAUUUGCGUGUACAGACCAUAAAUAGAAAGAAUGUUGCGAGCGAUUUCUCGGAGGUGAUCACCCUUGUUCGUGAACCUGAGCCGGUCAUAACGAAGCCGCCGCAGAUGCCUUCCGCCAUCAUUGAAGGCUACGGGAAAGGUGCCAUACGUGUAACAUGGACCGUGCCAAAGAUCGUGAUUCCACCAACGGCUACACUGAUGUUCGAGGUGCGUCGAAUUGAUGAUAAGAGUGAAAUUGUGUAUUCCGGAGCGGAACCGACCUGUCGAAUCGAAGGUUUGACGAGUCGACAGCACGUGGAAGUUCAGAUCCGCGCUGUUGUGGUUGCUAGAGAUGGAGCACGUUAUGAGGGAGAUUGGAGUCCAGUGACUGGCGGAAAUGCACCUAGGGAUGCUCCCAAUGCUCCUACCGAGCUGGCGAUCAACAAUGAAAGGACGUUGCUGACGUGGAAGGCACCAGAAUCAUCACCGGACAUUCGCUAUCGUGUCCACUGCAGUCAGAUCACUAGCGGCCAUGAGGUCGAAGAGACUAUUAGCGAACUUGGUGAAUGCCAGUACUCCUUAGCGCUCCUGGAACAUGCCAAGCAGUUCACUUGCAGGGUGUCUGCUUUCCAUGAUGGAGGGGAAUCGUCACUCUCACAGCCCCUUGUUUUCACAACUCGUAGCGGUGCUCCAGCUCAGCCUGACGGAGUUGCAAUCGAAUCAGAUGGAACUCGGGCACUGAUACUCCGUUGGUCUGUGCCUGACUGUCGCGGAUCGCCUAUCACUCAGUACCUACUACGCGUAGAAACAAAAAGCGAGAUGAUCCGUGAAGUUGCCAUCGUUCCACCGUCCAGCUCCGGACAGUGUGAUUACCGCAUCGCCGAUCUGCAGCCGGACACAGAUUACAGGGUGGAGCUGUCAGCUGAAAAUGCUGUUGGUUGUGGUAUCGCUGCUGCGAUCACGGGGCGUACGCGCCCACCGCCACCGGAUCCACCAAAGAUUGAAUGCGAAUGUGAAGCUACAAGUCUUCGACUGAGGUGGAAGCCAGCAUCAACACACACUCUUCUGUCCUACAAAGUAGUACGACUUGGUGAAGGAGACAAAAUGAUCUCGGUUUACGAAGGGGACAUGUGCAGCACGCGAAUCAAGGGCCUGACAGAAAACACCGAAUACCGUUUCCAAAUCAGAAGCGUGGAUCGUCAUACUGGCGCCGGACCAUGGUCGUCGGUAUACACAUUCCGCACAGCGCUUAGUCCACCUCCUGCGGUCAAAGGACCACCAACGGCAACGCCAAGCGGAGAUGGUUAUUAUCAACUUGAAUGGUCGUCUGUCAUAAUGAAACCAAACACUAAAAAGUGUUUCUAUCGCUUACAAGCCGUAGAUUGUUCAAUAGACAAUGCAAAGUGGAUGACGGUUUAUGAAGGCGCUCUACCGUCCUGCACUCUUCGCCUUUCUGACUAUCCGUCAGCUGUACAGGCUCGGGUAAUGUGCGUAAGACCGGAGGGAAACAAUGAGAUCUCAUCACCUCCCAGCCCUAUAGUAUACAUGGCAAACCUUCCCUUGGAUAACGAAGUUCAGCCAGUCCAGGAGAAGAAAGUGGAUACAAUUCCUGUAGUACGUUGGUGGACGAUGCAGUGCAGUCUGACUACGAUCAUGGUGGUCCUGUUCAUAGUGGUUUCGUUCACGAUGGCGCUAUUUUUCGACUCUAUGUUCAACCUGUACGUUCCACCCAACGCUGUUAGUAGAGAUGAUACGGUGAACUCGAUAGAAUCACCACGUACAACACGUUAGGCUAACUAUUUGUCAAUCGAAUUUAGUGUGACACUUCUCUAUAAUUAUUAGUACUUACUACAUAAUGCUUAUUGUGGAAAAUUUCAUGACUCGCAAACGGUGAUAUGAACAAAUCAUGUUAGAAAAUGAGGGCGCUUGAAUUAGGACUCUCGAAGAGUAAUGGUUUUAGCGGCUCUAAGUCGCGAUUGUAAUUCAAUGAACUCCCCCUCUAUCAUGAAUUGUUGAGGUAGUUGGCGAACCCACUCCUUUUUUUCUAAUUGUACCAUCAAAGAUUCUGACACUUUCCAUAUUCUCUCUCUUUCUGUCUGACUGUAAAAUUGCGGUGGAAUCAUCUAUGUUUAUGUGUACAUACCUGCGUUGGUCUAAUUUCAUGUAGAGCCUAUCGCCUCCAGUGUUUUCGCCUUUUCUGAAGCCGAGUGACUUUUUCUCAUCUUUUCAUGUCUGCACAUUCACACCAUAUUUACUCAUCCUUUCUGUAUCUACUUUUAAGUCUUGUCGUUCAUCACCUUCCAAUCACAUUCAUUCAUUUACGCACAUUGAAUUUGCUUUGCUCUCUCUAGCCCCCAAUUAUGUCCGCAUACUUUCUCGUUCACAUUCAGAAAAGUGUGUUCGGGUUUGUACACAAGUCAUUUAUUCUGUGGUCAAUCAUAACAUAUUGUCAUAUUGUGAUGUUCUGUCAGCCCAUUGCCUUUUUUCUUUUAUGAAGAACAUGUUUGUGUGUACUACAGCGUUUCAUUUCGGGAGCAUUAUAGUAUUUGUUUUCCUUAUUUAUUGUGCUAUUUAUGUGUUUCGGGUUCAGCGUAUAUGCCACUUUGCACAGAUUUGGGAGCAAACCCAUUUUGCCAUUUUGGAAGGUUUUUGUGGACUUCAAAUUUUUUCUAUCCCG